AUGGUAUCCAUAAACCAAGCAUCCACUUAUACUGAUUUGGUAACUCCGGUGAUUACAAGAGAGAUGGGUGCUCGAUUAGAUGUUGUUUUCUCCGAGACAGAUGUUAAAAAAGCUCUAUUUGAUAUGGGCAGCUCGAAAGCGCCUGGUCCGGAUGGAUUUCACUCGGCUUUCUUCCAGCAAAAUUGGGCAAUUGUGGGGGCAAAGCAGAUGAUUGUCACGAAGACACGAGCUAAUAGGUUAAAGAUAGUUCUUGAUAGAAUCAUUUCAGAAUCACAAAGCGCCUUUGUGCGGGGUCGCUCCAUUACAGAUAAUGUUAUGGUUGCUUUUGAGGUUCUGCACGCAAUGAAGCGAAAGAAUAACAUGAAGAAUAGGUGGCUUGCGUUGAAAUUGGAUAUGAGCAAAGCAUAUGACCGGGUAGAAUGGUUGUUUUUGACAAAAAUGAUGGCGAAAAUGGGGUUUUCGACUCGGUGGACGUCGUUGGUUAUGAAUUGCUUGUCGUCUACAAAAUUAUUUUUCCUUCUAAAUUGUAUGCCCGUUGGGGAGGUGAAGGGCGCAGAGAGGUCUCUGACAAGGAUGCCCAUUAUCUAG